GUUCUCUUUCACUGUUCCAUCCGGGAACUUUCCGAAUUAGCAUUGACAACCGAAGCGCAACUUUUUCCUCAGGCAAAGUGAAAUCAAGCCGCGCACUCGGACAAAAUAUAGUCCCACGAUUUUCAACUCAAAGUCGCGCAAAUUGACCCUCGCGUUGAGCAUCGCUCAGACACGCGCUUGCGGCGUCGUUUACCGAGCGGAUCUGCGUGAGCGUCGACGUCUUUCGCUCGCCUUUUGAGCACUUUUGUUUAUACUGGCGUAAAGUGGGUGAUGAGUCUCGCGGCCAGUAAAGAAGCGAGAACUUGCUGUGCAGCUCGAGUAGUUCUUUCGAUUGUUAUUGUUGCUUUUAAAAAUAUUUGGACUACGCCACAAAUAGCGCGGAUCGCGUCGAAAGUGGAAGAAAAGUGCUUCUGAAGUCAGAACAUGGAGCUACAAGGCCUUCAAGAGGCAUUGAAAGUAGAAGUCCAAUGUCAUCAGAAGCUCGCCGUCAGAAGUUGUCCUGUGGGGACGGCCGCCAAACCCCUCGCCCUCAUCAAGCCGCCCAGUCAGAGCAUCGCCAUCUCCGUGGUGCCGGCCAAGAAUCCCGUUACCAUGGUGACAGCACACAUUAAUGGACAAAAGGCGUCGAGUUCCGAAGUGCUCCAGACGUCCCCUAUCAACCUCCAAACGCCCGCCGGACAAAACAUCAGCCGCUCGCAGAUGUUGGGAGCUCUCACUGCGAUCCCCAUCAAGGUGCCUCACGUGAGCUCUUUGCAGAGGCUGGCGGGACACUCCCCCAGCGUGCUACCUCAGGUUAGGCCAAAGACUCUCAUUCCAGACAGCCUUCCCCACAGUCCAUGUCGAGAGCAGCAGUCCGGCCAGACGCUGGCCGUGUCGCGGGGCAUGGCUGUGGUCAGCCCAAAGAGCCAGGGCGCAUCUCUGCCAACUGCCAACAGCACCUUCAGGCACGAGAGACUGUCCAACGGGCAAGAGGAGAGUUUGUCAUCGCCCACACCCACACCAGGUGCCUCCACCAGCCCCGGGGUGGCAUAUGCCAUCAUCUCAGCGGCUUCGCCCGCGGCUCACGGGGUGUCGGGAGUCACCGAGGCCAUCAAGGUGCAGCCUCUGAUCUUAAGCCCGGACAGCAAGGUUAUCAUCAUCCAGCCACAGAUUCCCAGCAGCUCGCCAGCAUGUCAGACAGAUGGUGCUGUAGAUGAAGUGACCUCUGAACCCUCGACACCAGCCAAAAACACAGAGGAGGAUCCUGAGAAAAUUGCUUUCAUGGUAUCAUUGGGUCUGGUCACUACUGAACAUCUGGAGGAGAUUCAGAGUAAAAGGCAGGAGAGAAAACGGCGCAGUACAGCAAACCCUGCAUACAGUGGCCUGUUUGAACCCGAGCGCAAACGUCUCGCCUCACAUUUCUUGAGCAGUCCAAUGUUUCUGUCUGCGAGAGACUCUGAGGAACUGGGCUGGAAGGAGGAGCUGCAGCAUGAUGAUCAGUGUGCAGUCUGUAAACAGGAAGGAGAUCUGCAGCCGUGCCACACCUGUACCCGAGCGUACCACCCCGACUGCCUCCAACCACCUCUCAAAACUGCCAACAGGGCCAUGUGGAUGUGCCCCAAGUGCCAGAAGAAAGUUUUGAACAAAGAGAACUUAACCUGGCCGCAGAACUUCAUUCAGUCGUACGUGACACAUAAAGCAGUGAGAGAGGAGGAAAGAAGAAAACUAAUGAGAAGAAACAGUGAACUGAAGAAAGAGUGUGAACAUCUGAGCGAACACGACCAAAGACUUGGAAAAUCUCUAUCGAAAUGCAUGGAGCAGAAAGAGCGUCUCCUGGGUCAACAGCGGGACACCCAGGCCUCUCUGGAGCGCCUCAAGACUCUCAUACGCCUCAUCCAGCGCGACCAGAUGAUCCAAGUCACUAUGACGGCCACCACGACCACAGGAGCAUCACUGCUCUCCCUGCCCUGGAUCAAAGCCACGGGCAGCACCAGCACCACAGCGCCAUCUGUCGGCCCCUCCGCAGUACUGCACAAAAACGUGCUUCAGCCGCAAGGCCACAACUGACCUAAACGCAGACCUGAGUCUCUACCAGAUCACCAAACAUAAUCCAACAGAGACACGGACUGUGACAUCUAACCAACGUGUUUUCUUCUGGUAAUGUCUUACAAUAAAAAAGGGAAGAAAAAAAUUGCAAAAGAAACGUUAAGCGUCUUUGGAUUCAUAAGUAUUUUUUAAAGCCAAACACACACACACACAGUGCUCACGAGAUUUUUUUUACUCACCAUUUUUUAAUUUAUUAUUUUUCUUGGCCUUACUGUAUUUACAACUAGAUUAAAAUGCGGUUGCAGAUAUAUGAAAUAAGUAUUCUACAUAGCUAGAGGCAUUUUUAAUGCUUUGUGUUUUAUACUGGGGGGGGUUUGGUGUGUGGGCGGGGUCUGUGUGUGGGGUCAUUUGCAUAUUGUGAUUGGGAAGGUUACAGUAGUUGUAGUUGUUUUUGGCAAGCGACGUAUGAAACGGAGAGCACCGUACGUUGAUAUAUCCCAAAAGAUUGUUUGCGUUUUCCGAUGAACGACGUUUGCCAUAAUAAUUCAGGUUAAAGCGAGACAGGGAAAUUGUGUGUGUACCUACGAGCAGACAAACAAAAAGAAAUGACAAACAAAAGAACUUUUCAGUAUUAAUAGAGUUAAAAGAACAAAGUAUUUAAGAUAACAACAGAAUUUAGUCUUUUUAGUGAAGAUUUUAGUAUUUUCAUGCGAUGCCUGUUCAUAAUUUCAACGAGGACGUAUUGGAGGGAGGAGUCGCUGUACAUAUAUAUUUAUUUUAUUUUGGCUGUCCCGACAACAAAAACUUAAGGCCAUUUAAGUUCUUUGAGUGCCUGAUCUCAUAUCCAAAAAUCUUUGUUUUGUUGUUUUUGCCCAGUAUAGAAAAUAUGCCAAAAACAAGAGCGGUUUCAUCAUAUACCGCUAACAUCAUCCCGUUUUCACUGAAGUGUCAUUCAUUUUCAUUUUAUUACCUUCUAUAAACCCACCGCAAGAUGCAUUAUUUAUUUAUUUUUACUUUCUAGAUGAUAACACUGCCUAAAGAAUACAGCAAAGACUUCAUAUCAAAAUAAUGAAAUGAUUGUUGUUUGGAGAUUUGAAGGGUUUGUCUUCCAGCAUUAAUGCAGAGAUAAUGACAAAAACACAAAGUCAUUGAUAGUUUAUGUCUGACACGACAGCACUGUCGUUCUUAUUAAAGGAGAUUAUAAAUAUAAAAACAAAAACAAAAUGACACCAUUAUCUGUCUUUAAGGGCUACCAAACCUUUAUCAAACUACAGCCGGAUUAAAAUCUAUAUUUGCCUAAACAUUGUCAUAAAAAUAUUACUGAGAUCAUCCAGGUACCACUUGAAGUCUGUGUAUAUAAUCUAAUAAAAUGCAUUACUGUAUUAACUCUUUCACCGCCAGCGUUUUUAAAAAAAAGUUGCUAACCAGCGCCAGCAUUUUUCAUGAUUUUCACAAAAGUUUAAUGCCUUCCAGAAAAUUUUCUUCUUUAAAUAUAUAAACAAACAAUAUAUAAAAUGAAAGAACAGACCCUCUGCUUUCAAACAAAAAAACAUUAGUUCUCUUUUUAUCACCUCUCAAACAUGGGUAGGUUUCUUCAAAAACACCAAAUUUUGAGCAAAAAGCUCGGAUAAUUACAUUUUUGUCAAGGACUUUUGAUAGAGAUCAGAUUCAGUGCGAUUUUUUAAACAACACGGCUCUUUCACGUGAGGCGCUACUUCCAGGUUGUAUAAGUUGCGGAAGUCCACCUGGUGGAUAAUAGCAGAAAGCCGGAAAUUCUCGUCAUUGGCAGGGAAGCGUUUUCUCUUAAUUGACGAGUUAUCUUGUCAAUGGCGAGGAAAGAGUUAAAAUGGCUUAUACGCCUUUAUUAUAAUAAAAGUCCACCAUAUUUCCAACGCCUCCAGAUCUUGAGCAAGAAUCAUUGAAAUUUGGCUGGCCUUUUGAUGUCAGAAGGGGAUCUUAUUAUAAUAACCCCGCCCCUUAAUUUGCAACUAUGCAACCACGGUGCUGCAAUUUAGUACAGAGAAAGACAGAUUAAUUUUAACAUGUUAUAAUAAAUUAUCUGUGGGGUAUUUUGAGCUAAAACUUCACAUAUGUACUCUUGGGACACCAAAGAUUUAAUUGACAUCUUUAAAGUCUUGUGAAAUGUCUCCUUUAAAAGGUAUGACUUAAGUUUCUAAAUAGUUAAGUUAUAAGCCUUUGUGAAUUUAUGUAUUGACAGUUCAGUAUAGAGCUAAGUCUUUAAGUAUAACAUCAAUGUAAACACUACGGGGAGGUUUCCCGGACAGGGAUUAGACUAGUCCUAGACUUAAACUAAAAACAACUUGCACUGACAUAUCUUAAAAUAUAUCAGUGCACUUUGUUUCAGUCCUGGAUUAAGCUAAUCAUGGUCCGGGAAACCGCCCCUAGAUGUUUUGUCUUAUAUUCUCUUAUUUUCUGCCUACUUAAAUUGGUAUAAUCUAUCCCAGGUCUCACCAACAUAUUUUAAAUGUAAAUAUAAUGAAAAAAAAAUGUCCUCUUAUAGUUGAGUAGUUUUUAUUUUCCUUGUCAUUUUUAGUGAAGUGUAAGUUUAAUCGCAAAAUACCUUACUGUAUAUCAAAAUCAUUAUCAGUGCUUGUCAUUAGUUGGACUAAACUGGUCAUUGACCCGUGAUCUUGAAAACUCCUGCUUUAAAGGCAUGAAUGUUUUUAUGAGGCAUUUAUAAACAUGCCAACCCUUAUAUUGCAUUAUAUAUACAGACUUCAUCAAAAGUGCUGUUGUUAAAGCCCACAGGUGGUGUCAUUCAGGUCCUGUACUAUCAGAUAAAGAUUGUAAUUGAGUGCAUAUCAGACUGUUGUGUCACCUAAAUACUGAACAAAUUCACAUGCAUUUUUGCCCAUGCAAAUAACCCAAAAUGGUCUUUUUCCUCCAGUAAAAUGUCUACACAAAUUAAAUGUGAUAUUUAAUAAGAUGACUUUUGGUUUUAGAGAACUUUAUUAUUUCUUUUAUUGUGUACCCCACUGGCAUUGGUUUGUCCAUAAAUGUAAGAAUGAAGAGUCUCGAGAGUUUCAAACAUGUCAGCUUUAUAUAUCAGAUCAAUAUCAUUUUCAUCCACGUGCCGUCGCCCACGUUCCAGAAUUCCUCUCCGGGAGAAACUGUGCUGUGCUUCUACAGAUCUAUUUUACUACACUCAACACUUCGUUGAACAAAAUUUUAUUCUUUUAUCAAUGAACAAAUGAGAAAGACAGUGUUUUUUUAUUGUUUGCUAAUUAUGCAUUUUGACUUGGCUUAUAAUAUGUGACGUGUACAUUUGCAACAGAGGAGUGAACGUCGAGGGCAAAGCGCUUAAGACAGCAUGAGGAGAUGUUUAGUCUUCAUGAUGUCUUCUGAGCGUGUUGACUGUCCAGUGGAUGGUACAUAGAAAAGUCUGUGUGUGUGUCUUACAUAUGCCAAUGUAGUUUUUACAUCAUCUUCUGAUCUAUUAAAGUUGAUUGAUGGACGUUGAUCAAUUGUAAAGAGUCUCACCUUUUUGUGCCCAUGAUUCAUAAUAAACAAGGAGAAAUCCUUGAAAAAGAACUACAAUA